AACAACAAUUUUUUAAAUAAAAAAAUGAAUUAUUUAUUUCAAAAAGGAGAAGAUAUUAAAUUUAGAGAAAUAGCACAACCUCCCAUUGAGCCAAUUUUAGUGAAUGAUAAACUUGUUGGCUCUUCUAGGAAUGAACAAAUAAUUAAUAAAAAUAUUGUUCCAUUCUCUUCUUCAAAUUCUUCUUCCUCUCCUUCCACCCUUUCUGGUUCAUUCUCUUUUGGUAAUUUGGCUUAUUUGCCAUCUGUUUCAACAUCUACAGAUUUUUAUGUGCCAUCAAUUGCAAGUUCUUGCUCAAUCGGCGCUUUAGACCAAAUUAGAUCAACAGAAAUAACUAAACUUUUUGAUUACCUCUUUCUUGGAUCUCAAAAGGACGCUUUGGACAAUGAACUUUUGUUGAGACACGGAAUAACUAGAGUAAUAAUAUUUUAUUUUUAUAUGAAGCCUUUAUGGCAAUAA